AUGGGUUCCACAGUUGCCAGCCGCGUGUUGCUGCUCCUCUUGUGCCUGGCCGUCGGCGACGCGGUUCGCCAUGACGUAGCGGGUGCUGCCCGGGAGUAUGAGAAGCAAGAGCACGAGCGCAUUGAGCACGAGCAUGUCCAGGCAGUUCUCGCGGACAGAACCAGCGAAGUUCUGCGGCGUGUGAUGGUGAUUGCUGGAAGGUGCUGGUCGGCGUGCUUCCCGGAGAUCCGAGUGCUGCAGGGACUGCUAACAUGGGAGAAAGGUCCACAGCAUCUCGAACCGCUCGCUCCCUUGAAAAGUUUGGUCUUCGACAAGUUGGUAAGCGAGGGUUCCUUUGGGCAAGUCUUCGGUGGCACUUGGUGCGGUCGCAGAGUGGCCAUCAAGGUGUUGCGCAGUGAGAGCAGCGGCAUCGAGGAGGCGAUGUUAAUGAAGUCGUUGUGUCACCCCAAUGUGGUCGAGGCAAUUUUCUUCGCGGAGGUGGCACACGAGUUGAUGGGCAUGCAAGUUUGGUUGGUGCAGGAGUUUUGCGAGUGUGGCACAUGGGGCAGCCACUGCGUUUCGCCUCGCAAUGCGUGGGCUGGCCUGUGCGAGGCACGGGAUAUGUGUGUGGAGGUGUGCUCAGCAUGCAACUGGCU